AUAUGAGAUGUACUUGUAUCGUUCAUAAUAUAUUUUUUUUAUUAUGUGUAGAAAGAUUUUAAGAACUUAACUAACGUGCAGCAAUUUCCAGUGAACCUGUACUUGGACAUCAGGUAGUGAGUCUAUUUGUGGUCACUAGCACUGUCUCCUAAACUUGUAAGAGGUCUGAAGCUAUCCUUUGAUUUUUGCCAGUGCUAUUAACUUAUGUAGACCUGUUAAAAAGCAGAGCAACACAAUUAUAGUUAUCCUACUGAGCCAUGGAUUCUGAGUUUCAUUUUAAAAGAGAAAGCCAAGUUAAGUUGGUGUAUGUAAAGGAUUUCCAUGUAGCUGUGGUGCUAGUUAUUACUGGCUACAUUAUAUGCUAAGUGUAUUUGUGUUCCCCAAGUGUUCAAGCCACCUAUUAAAAGUAUGUUCUAUAAUUCAUAUUUUCAAGAUGUAGGGUAUGGAAAUGCAAAGCUUAGGAGAGCACUUUACCAAGCUGGUGUCCUCCAAACUGAAAUUGUUUGUAACGAUAGUCUUUUACAGGUUUUCAUUUAAAGAUGUUUGUGUGUGCUUUUAAUUGACAACUAACUUCUUGCUGCUGUAUAGUAAAAUAUUAAUAUAUUUUUAUCAUUAAACUGCUGCAUGACUAUCAUCUUUGGGUGAAGAUAAAAUGUUAUAAAAAAGAUGCCUUAAACAGUACAUUUUGGUUUGGAAUUCUGUAGAAAGUAUUUUGGUUAAAAAAAAAAAGGGUCUUGUCUGACAGAGAGUUGUGGGGAUGGAAUUGUUUCUUGGCAAAUCCAGCUAUAUAGAUCUAACUGCUGUAUGUAGGAGACACCACCUGUAGGAGCUGGAAGGUGUCAGUGCUGCUCACAUUGUAAAGCAUUGGCCUAGGAAGGUGAAACAGUUGUCUUUUCUGAAGGAUUUUAUUUUUCUGCUGGUUCUUUGGGUUUGAUUUGAUGUUUUUAAGCUCCCUGGUUGAGUGUGUUGUCUUUGUUUUUGAGAUCUACUGUAUGUGUUGAAUAACAAGCUAUUUCCAUUGUACUGUGCAUUUUCCCAUUAAAUUGUUUGCUUUUAAUAUUCAUACAAUGUUAAAUACAAGGUGACCGUACAAUAGUUAGGAGUUUCUUUACUUACAAAAUCACUGGAAAUGAUUAAAUUGCUUUUCCCCAUCCCCCAAGGUGCAUUUUUCUUACUUCCGUAUAGUAAAGUUGAGCUUUUACAGUGCAUAAUGUGACAUUUGGAAUGCUUAUCAACUGCAUGUAAACAUUAAUAACCUGCACUUUUUUGUCUUAAGGUUUGUUGAGCUGUUUUGUUCACUGUACUUUAACUGUGAUAUGGAAAAGACUGCAUUCUCUGUGCUGUUACUAGUUAGGGAAGAGAAUUGCUUUGAUUUUGUCUCUUGUUUACUAUAGCUUCUUAAAAGUUAAGCCUUGUACUACAGGUUGUUGGAGUACUCCUAGAUCAGUGUUUCAUAGUAGCCAGCAAUAAGUAGUGCAAGUCAACAAAAACACAGCAAACUUAGGCAAAGUGUCCUUUCUUUGAGAUGCGAGUUCUUUCAUGGGGUUUUCUUUAGGGUCAGAGUUACCUAAAGUGAAGCCUUUCUUAUCUAUAGACUUCAGAUUCUGCUUGGAAUCCUACCGGAUCAAGAAGCACAUGUAUUGUGCAAUUGUCUUUACACUAUAACAGUUAAACACAAUCUUACUAAGAUUUUGAAACCAUUGUCUGAUUUAUGGUCAGUGGGUUUAAAAAGAAAUCUACAUGCAGAUCUUUUAAGAUGUAAGAGAUGAUUAUAGAAAAGACUAAGUGACUGUAAAGAUGCUCUUUUUUGCAUCUCACUUUACCUCCCCAAGCACCCUCCCAAGCUUCCCUUCUCCCCUCUCCUGUUUCAUCCUUUCCCCACCCUUUGCCCCCAGGUGCUCGGUACUUUACCAAGGUUCUAUAUCUCAGUGUUUUAUGUUGGAGUUUUUCCUUGUUUUUAUUUUAACUAGUUGGUAAACCCUGUUUGUACUGAAACAAAAAAGGAAAUGGUUGGUAUAUUUGACCAUAUGUGUUAUUCAUAGAAGACAGUAUGAUCAAAUGUGCCAAAAACAAGCAAACAAAACUUAAUUCCUGAUAAGUAUGCCUUAUUUUUAAUGAUCUGCUUUGUCUUACAAUUAAGGUCCAAGAGCUUGGUUAAACUAUUAUUUGCCUAAGUUUAAAAGAAAACUUGAAAUGCAUUGCAAUAUUGACGUUCUUUAAAAUGAGAGACACUGUCAAGUAAUUUAACCUAGAGAUCAGCCACCAGUUUUAAAAUGCCCAUAUAUAUGUGUGUGUGUUUGGUGGUGGUGGUGGUGGUGUUUUUUUCUUUUAAAUCACCAAAUCUUUUUUUAAGCUACUUUUUAUUUGUGCCUCCUAUUUAUCAUGCUGAUGUUAGAAGCAGCAGUCAUCCAGCCACAGAGGGAGCUAAAGUUAACUAACCAGAACUGUAGAAAUCAUUAUACAUGCCUUUGACAACAAAGGAAGUUUAUAAGAAAAGCUAUGUCGGCUUUUCCUCCACUAGAUACAGAUUGGAGGUAGAUGAAUAUUUGCCAAAUGGGGGGGAAAAAAACAAACAAUGCGAGUCAGGAAAGACAGACUUUUCCAGCUUCUCAAAAGCCAUGGAGAGUAGAAACCAAAACCAACAGGGAAAAUAAAAAACCUUGAAAGUCUCACUUUCUAGUUGUCCCAUGCAGGGGUUGAAAUUUGAGUCAAAGUGGAAAAUAUAUCAAUGUGGUUUUUAGGUCUUCACAUCUGGAGAUGCAUAACUAUUCCAAUUUGAUUUUUCAGGUAAUGGAGAAAGCUGCUAGUAAUUUUAACCCCUGCCUAACAAAGACAGAUAAUUUCAUUUGGGAGCAAAUACUUAUUGCCUUGAAAAAUAGCACUGUAAUAGCCUAUGAUAAUUAGUUGUAGAAUAACCUUUAUCCCUUUUAAACUAUGCAAAUUAUUAAAUAAGUGUAAAUUAGGACUCAAUUAAAGAUAGUUGAUUAUAUUGCAAUCAGAUGGCAUUCACAAACGUAACUGGAGCAUAUACAGAUAAAAUCUAUUAGUCAAGAGUUUUGUAUGCUAACAGAAAAAUAUAAUUUAGCUACCUAUUCUAAAAAUGGUGAAUAUUAUUAAUAUUGUAUAAUAGGACUGGGAAGACUGCCUCCUUUUUUGAAGAGAGAGAGAUAAAGGAUUUUUAUAAUUGUUUUUCAUCAAAUUUUAAUAUUUUUGUCAAAUUUUUAGGUAUUUAAUUUGUAAAACAGUUUGCUUUGUACUGGCAUACAGAAUAUAGGGUAUUGAUUUUAAACUUUUGAAGCCAAGUGAUCAAGUACAUUUGUAAUAAAAGUCAAUGGAUCUAUAUCAGUUGUACUCACUGUUUUCAUUUCUUAUUAUAGGAAUGCUGUACUUUUCUGCAGGAAAACAGCUAAAUUUGGGUGGAAGGGAGGGGAAAAAAUAAGUCCGUUGAGAAUCUGGGUGGGUACUAUGGCCCAAGCACUUUACACAAUCUUUAAGUCAGUUAAGAUUUGGUAUAUUUAAAAAGAUGCUUGUGUCAAUUUUUUUCUUCCAGUUUUUUUUUUUUUAAUGGAACUUGAUGUUUGUGGGGAUUAUCUCAUUCAUGGUUUCUGUUCUUUAACAUUUUGCAUUUGGCACUGUUGAAACUUCCUAAACUAACAUUUUUCUUUUAUGACACUUUGGGUUAUCUGCCAGCCAUGGUGACCCCACCAUGGGCAUGAUUAUUUGUAUCUCCCUCAAAUGAUUUACCCUCUCUUUUUCAGUUUUCCCACUCAGUUUUUCAUAUUGCUUACACACACAUGCACACACGCAUGCACACACGCACACACGCACACACAUUCCCAGAUGAUUUUAGAAUGGGGAUUUCUGAAAUUGUUGCUCUUGUGGCUAUCAUAGCUCCACAAUUGAUUUUAUUAUACAUGUGAACAUACUUUUAAGAUUUUUUCCCCCAAAAAAGUGAGAUACCAAAUCUAAUGACUUUUUUCUCUUUUCGGAGUGUUUUCAAUAUCAGAAUGAGAUCCCACUUUCUAUGUAAAAGAAUGCUAAAACAAGGGAAUCUUUAGCAACUUAGGUUUGGAACAAUUGGUGAUAACUCUGAGUAUAACAUUUAUAGUUGAUUAUCCCCUCAAUUUGAAUAUCUUAAUAACUUGGAGAUAUGUAUACUUCUCCAUGAGAGUGCAAUGAAUAGGAAAGAGAAUUUAUUUAUUGGAAUUGCUUAACUCACUGAAAUUAUUUGUGCAAAGUUAUCAAAGUUUAACCAUUUUUAAGUCAGACAUACGUAAUAUUUGUUUUUUUCAUUGCAAGUUAACCAAAUAUAGGCCAUUCAUAAUAAAAUACACUAUAAAACUAAAGUGAUCACUGCUAUUAAAAUUACUGUUUUCACAGAGCAGCAUUAAUUAUUAUAGAGAAUUUACAAUAUAUUUUUAAGAACAGCUUAUUUUAAUAAUUAAGUUAUUGAUCCUAAAACAAAGCCUAAAUUUAAGGCCUAGGCCACUUGACAGGCUCUUUUUAAACAAAUUUAAUUAUCAUGGGUUAAGUGAAAAUUAUCUAAACUAGCAUAAACACGAGUCAGGUAGAAUUUCAUGAUGGGACAACAACCAGAUGAAAAGUGAAAGAUAUGAUUGGUUUCAAGCCAAUAGUCAUCUUUCAAUUGUUAAACUGACUACCAAGUUUUUAUGUUGAAUGGUCUAAGCAAUUGUCUUUAGGAAAGUUGAGUAUGGCAACUCACUUGUUGAAAACAUUUUUCUUAAAGAACAAUUUCAUAGCUACACAUUUAUUUUUAUUUUGUCCCCAUAUUACGUUUGUUUUUUGUUUUUUUUCCCUGAUGUACUUUGCUUUUGUGGAAGAUUGUCUCGUUUGAUAGGUGGAAACGUGGUGAUGAUACUCUGUAUAAAAUCAAAUGACUUAAAGACCAGAAAUAUUUUACUCACUUUGGAAUCACAGGAUUUUUGUGUUUUCACAAAUACAUACUUUGUUUCAAUGAUUAGUAAUUUGCUUAUUAAUUAAAUUUUUGUAGCAUUUCAUGGGAAAAUUUUAAGCUAAAGAGUUUAAUUUUCUUUAGUUAGGAUGCACUUUAAUAAAUUCAAGAGGCUUCCAAGUUCAAGGACCAAACCUUUAUAUUCUAGAAUUUUGAGAGACAUGGAAAUACUCUUGUUAGCAUAUGUUUUGGUCUAAAUAAGAUUAAUGCAGAAGGAUCCUAAGAGGACUUAAGAAAAGAUGUCCUUAAUAUGAAGUGGCAAAUUUAUGGGACAGGUGACUUAUAUAUUGACCUUGACUUAGCCAGUGAUGGUUAUCAGCUAAUGAAUUGAGUAAAACUCCCCAUUCAACUGGAGUGGCAAUUCCAAUGCAGGUAGUUGUUAGUGGCAUUUGACCUACCUCCCUACCAUAUAGGUCUGGCAUUUUCCUUUACCCAUCCUUUUUCCUUGUUUCUCUUUCUUUGUUCUUUUCUUUGCCAUAAGCCUGUCAGUGACAGUCAAGCUUACCCCCUUAAAAGGGAAGUAAAGAAAUUGCUGACCUCCUGCCUUAGAACAUAGCAAACUGACCCCAGAAAGAUUUCUGUAUUAUGAGGUAAUCAGGCAGUUUUUCUGACUGUUGUUUUCCUGACUGUUGUUUUCCCCAUAGUCUUAAGUUGGCAGUUGGAAGGUCAUCAAAAUUGUUAAGAAAAUUUGUGAACUGAAGAGAGUAAGAAGUAUGUGUAUUUUAGGUAAGUUACUGGGGGUUGAGACUUACUGGUUUGGAAAUUGGAGAGCAGAAAGGGGAGAUGUGUUAGUGUAUGGGAGUGUGAGGUACAUAAGGGAGUGCUUUGGAGUUAAAGUGGGAAAAAUUUUUAUUGGAGGUAGGAAAAGAUGCUAAGGUGGAGUCUUACAUGAGAGUUGUUUGCUAAGGACAGUGAAGUAGAUCUUCAUAAGGAAGUUUCAGUAAAGCCAGAGAAAAUGGGUCUUUUGUUGGUGAUGAGAAAACUUGGUUUGUAGCUUGAUGACAUGAUGAUACAUUAUACAAAUCUGUUUUCAAGUUUAGGAUGUUUUUCUGGACAAAUUAAGUAGCACAAUUGUAGAGUGGCAACUUUUCUGGUCAAGGCAAGUUGGUGCUGAGGACUUAACUAUUUUGAAAGAAGAAAAUGUCAAACUUUGCCACAGUUAUGAUUUUGAAAUUAUAUCGGAAAUAUACAUCAUGUGUACUAUAUAUUCUACUUGGCUUAUGUUACAAUGUAGCUUACCUUUACUUUUCAAAAUGAUCCUUAGAUCGAAAUCAUUUGAAUUUGUAGUCCACAAAAACCCAUAUUAUACCUUGAUUUUACAGAACCUUGAGCUGUUGGUCCACAGAAAUUUUUAGAAAGAGGACAAUAAACCAGAUAAAAACACUAAAUUGCAAUUUUAGGUAUCGUCUAUUUCUUUUACAUUUGCAAUCCUAGCAACCAUUUAACGCUGUGGACCUUAUGAGACCCUCAGAAUACUAUAUUUAUGAAAUUAGACAACAUACCUCCCCGCCACCCACCCCCCCGUAAAACUCGAGUUUCUGUUUGUCUCCCCACUUUCUCUAUUACUUUAAAAUUAUAGAAUUCCCAAGAGUUUGCGGUGGAAAAUGUUAAUAAUGUAAUUUAGUAUAUCUUGGAAGUUCUUAUGCUCUUUGAGGAGAAUUGAUCGUGUUUAGAUUUCUGUUCCCAGCAUUUCAGGAGCAUUUUAAAUUAUUUAAGAUAAAUUGCUAUAAUAUUUUUUAAGUUACAUAAUUCAAGUAUGUUUGGAUUAACUGUUGUUUUCUAGUUUAGUAUGGACUUAUUCUCAGUGAUUUUUGACAGAUUACGUGUAUUGUUUCAUUUUACCCAAAUCUAUAUACGUUAGUGAUAAAAUCCCUUUAAUGAUAGCUAAAAAAUGGUUUUGAUUUUGUAUUUGGAACUUAAUGUUUUUUUGUUAAAUUCAUUAACAAUAGCAGAAUUGUUUUUAUUAUAACAUUUUGUAGAGUUGACAGUAUGAUUUUUACAUUUUAUUAUGUGUCAGAUUUGAAAUUAGAACAGUUACAAACUAUAACUUAUUUAAGUCAGUCCAAGGCCUUCUUAAAUAGCCCUCCUCCCAUAGGAAUUGUUUUAAAAGAAGUGAAUUCCCAAACCUGUGUCAAGAACCAGUGAUUUAAAUGUCUUUGAAAGGCUUCCUUGAGUCUAGUCAAUGGAGAUAAAUGAUAGCCCAUUUCCAUGCUGCAUAGUUGUUAGGGUUUAUAAAGUUGUCAAUAUGUAAAAGUGCAGAAGCAGGAAAAACUGUAAAAUUGCCUAUAAAAUUUCUAGUUUUCAUUAUUUGCACUAUUUACCUUUGCACUUGAUUUUUUGAAAGUUAAGACUAGUCACUUUCACUUUUGUUUCUAGUCUUUUUAAAUUUCUUACAGAGUUAUGUUUUCAAUAUCCCACCCAAAGCAAAGCUUAUAUGCAAUUAAAUAUGCUUUAUAAGUCUGAGAAAAUAUUUCUUAGUGUUAGCUAUGUAGAACAAAAAUUUGUUUUGAUAAAAUUUUUAAUAUGGGCCUUUAUUUGCCAAUAAAAUCCUUUGUAAGUGUGAGCUUUAUUAAACUGUUUGAAUAGACAAAGUGAAAGCUUAGGAUAGGACUAUAUAUAUAUAUAUAUAUAUGUAUGUGUGUAUAUAUAUAUAUGCAUAAUGAUGAAUAUAUGAGUAUAUAUAUAUAUAUAUUCAUAAUGAUGUCUUCGAGAUCCAACUUCCUUCCUGAGAUGGCCUGGUUUUGGAGUAAUUUGUUUUCACUGAAGUCAAUGAGAUUUUGAAUCUAGCAGAGUAUUGGCUUAAAAACCUGAAAGUGAAGUGGGUGGCAAGUGGCAGCUCCCUCUUUCAUGUAGUUUUCCAUAAUGCUCAUAGAGUUUCCUCAUGGUCUGUGUGAUAUAACUGGUAUUGAAAUAAUUAUAUUAAAUGAAUAUUCCUUUUAGGAAUACAAGCUUGACUCAUUUUUUGAGGGGGGAGGGUGGCAAGGGAUAAGAGACUUUAUUUUAACUAGAGGCAGUCUUACAAGAUGUGCUCUAGAAAGAAUAGAACAAAAAGUGUACCUGUGAACAUAUUUUUUGUCUUAGUGAGAUUGAUUGUACAGCACAGUUAGGUUCAGAAUUUAAAAAUAAAAACUGGUUAAUAGUUUUGUCAAUAGAAAAGAAAUGUGUUUUGGCUAAAAUUGUUUUUUGUAAGUUAUUUAUCUCAUUUUAUAAUCCCCUUCCAAUAGCCAUUUAGGCGCUUCAUACUUAAAACCAACAAGUGAAAGGCCUCUCUUCAGAUCUGGUUUAUUUUUGGAAUGCUUGAGUGUAUUUCUGGAUGGGGGUUGGGGGACAAGGGGUAGUGUUUUAAUUAUAUUGACAUGCUCUUUUCAGCAUGUUUUGCUAGUCAUUCUGGAUCUUAUGUUUGCAAGUUGUGUUGAAAAUUCAGUGAUGUAUUUGAAACGAGAAAGUCCUCUAUGACAUAGUAUGAAUGUUUGUGGCUGGACUCUAUUGUGGAACCUUUUGGCUUUGUUUUUAAUUUGGGUAGAAAGUUAAAUUUCCAUUGUUCAGAUUUUAGGUUUACCAGUGGAAUUGUGCCCGGUAGUUGUCUAAAUAUGGACCAAUUUUGGGAAAUGGAGGUUGACAGUUGUGUAACUGACUCUAGGUAAUCCUUUACUCAAAAUAGUAAAUUAAAGGCUUACAUCAUAAGAGUUGUCUUAAAUUUUAUGUUGUCAAAUCUUUAAAUGUGGAUGAUGAUCAGCACUUUAUCUAUGAAUUUCCUUUGGGAAAAGAGAAAAACUUAGUCUCCAGACCUUUUCCUGGAGACUAAAUUGACCAUAUACGGAAAAUGAAAAAAAUUUAGAAAGUAGCUUUGAUUAUUUUUUAAUGGAGUUUAAUAAGCUUAAUCAAUUAUUUUUCCUAGUUUGAAGCCCUUAUUUCCCAAAUGUGACUAAAGGGGAAAGAUCAGCAAUUUGGCCCUCUCCCCCUUUUUUUGAGGCCAUUUUUAGUUUUCUGUCCCCAUUUCCCAAUCCUAGUAUAAAGUGAAUUACGGGUAUCCCUCUAAGUCUCUGUAACCCCUUUUUGGGGUCACAGAUACCUUUGAUAAUCUGAUGAAAGUGAUGGACCCUUUCCCC